UGCGGAGCGGCGGCGCAUCACAGUAGUGUCAAACACUCUCGGAUCGGAUCUGACGACUGUACUACAUGUGCGGGAGAAAAUGAAAGCUCUUUAAUUUUUAAUUACUCCUUUUUAUGAUAUUGCGCACAGAGGAUGCAGCUUGUACAGUGAAGAUGACUCUUCCCGUUUAUAUAUGCAGCAAAUAAAAGCAGUUCGGAUUUUAUAACAAGUUAAGCAGCGGUGGUCAUGAGAGGUCUGCGCUCUUUGUGAUGAAUCAUAUAUUUUUUUAGUGUUUUGACUCUUUUUCAUUGUGAGUUGAGAUGGCUUUAGUGGUGCAUCUGAAGACUGUCACGGAGCUCCGUGGGAAGGGGGACCGAAUCGCUAAAGUCACUUUCAGAGGUCUCUCCUUCUUCUCUCGGGUGUUGGAAAACUGCGAGGAUGAAGCUCGAUUUGAGCAGGCGUUCCGAUGGCCAAUUGGGAGUCAAGUGGAUGGCGACGAGAUGCUGGAGAUCCAAGUGUUUAAUUACAGCAAAGUCUUCACUAAUAGGUUAAUCGGCACAUUCCGCAUGGUUCUUCAGAAGGUGGUGGAGGAGGGACACCUGGAGGUGUCUGACACACUCAUUGACGACAAUAACACAGCCAUACAGACAACCAUUUCCAUAGAGAUCAAAUAUCAGACCAUGGACGGGAGUGUAAAGGUGUGGAGCGAUGGUGAAUUCCUUGAUAUUCCAGAUGACCUUGAUGGAACCUUCCAGUUUGAGACAGAUAGUCUUCUCUCAGGACGCAGCCAGAGUUCUGGAACUUCACCUGGACGAUCCAUUCAUGGCAUUCCCACAUUCCGCAAGGCAGGAAAAGGAGUGUUCUCAGCCAUGAAGCUGGGCAAGACCCGCACCUCUAAAGAUGACCACAAAAAAGGAGAUGAUGCUGCCAUUCUGGAUGCAGAAGAUCUGGAUCGAAAAGCCAUGCGUCUAGGCGGCAUUCUUGACCCUGAUACAAUCUCACUGGCCUCGGUUACUGCAGUGACCACUAAUGUCUCCAACAAAAGAUCAAAGCCUGACAUUAAAAUGGAGCCGAGUUCAGGGCGUCCGGUUGAUUAUCAGAUCAGUGUUACAGUAAUCGAGGCCCGUCAGCUGGUCGGAUUGAACAUGGACCCUGUGGUUUGCGUGGAAAUUGGAGAGGAGAAGAAGUACACGUCAAUGAAGGAGUCAACAAACUGCCCUUACUACAAUGAGUAUUUUGUCUUCGACUUCCACGUGCCUCCAGACGUCAUGUUUGACAAAAUUAUAAAGAUUUCAGUAAUACAUUCUAAAAACCUUCUGCGAAGCGGCACCCUCGUGGGCACCUUCAAACUAGACGUGGGGACUGUUUACACACAACCUGAACAUCAGUUUCAUCACAAAUGGGCGAUGCUGUCAGACCCUGAUGACAUCACGACUGGCUGCAAAGGUUAUGUUAAAUGUGACAUCGCAGUCGUGGGAAAAGGAGACAACAUCAAGACUCCACACAAGGCCAGUGAAGCAGACGAGGAUGACAUAGAGGGGAAUCUUCUCUUGCCGGAGGGUGUUCCAUCAGAGAGACAGUGGGCUCGGUUUUAUGUUAAGAUUUAUAGAGCUGAGGGUCUGCCUAAAAUGAACACCAGUAUCAUGGCCAACGUGAAGAAAGCCUUUAUUGGGGAAAACAGGGACCUUGUGGACCCUUACGUCCUGGUGCAAUUUGCAGGGCAAAAGGGCAAAACAUCUGUUCAGAAGAGCAGCUACGAGCCCAUCUGGAACGAGCAAGUCAUCUUCACGGAGAUGUUCCCACCUUUGUGUAGGCGACUGAAAGUUCAGAUCCGUGAUUCAGACAAGGUGAACGAUGUUGCCAUAGGAACCCACUUCAUUGAUCUACGAAAGGUUUCCAAUGAUGGAGACAAAGGUUUCUUGCCCACUAUGGGUCCGGCUUGGGUGAAUAUGUAUGGGUCGACCCGUAACUACACCCUGAUGGACGAACACCAGGACCUGAAUGAGGGGUUGGGGGAAGGGGUGUCCUUCAGAGCACGUCUGCUCAUUAGUAUCGCGGUGGAGAUUCUAGACACCACCUCUGCUGAGAUCAUGAGCUCCACUGAAGUACACAUGGAGCCGGUGUCCAACAUCUCAGAGAGUGCUACAGGAAAGAUGGAAGAAUUUUUCCUUUUCGGGUCAUUCUUGGAGGCCACAAUGAUAGACAGAAAAAUAGGAGAUAAACCCAUCAGCUUUGAAGUCACCAUCGGUAACUAUGGUAACCAGAUUGAUGGUGUGAGCAAGCCUGCAUUAGCGAAGAAGAAGAAGGAGGGUGGAGGAGAGAGUGAAGAAGAGGAGUCUGAGCUUAUCCACAACUCCAGCGAGGAAGAGGCAGAGGAUGAUGGAGAUCUGACCUCUGUACCGUCUACACCUCCUAUGAAGCCUGUUAUCACCGACAGAAAUUACUUCCACUUGCCUUACUUUGAAAAGAAACCCUGCAUUUACAUCAAGAGCUGGUGGCAGGACCAGCGGAGACGUCUCUACAACUCCAACAUAAUGGACAAGAUAGCUGAUAAACUGGAGGAAGGUCUGAAUGAUGUUCAAGAGAUCAUAAAAACAGAGAAGGCAUAUCCAGAACGAAGACUAAGAGGUGUAUUAGAAGAACUUAGCACAAGCUGCAGCCGGUUUGUUACACUUGCAAACAAGGAUCAGAAUCUUUCUGGAAGAACCAAGCUGGACAGAGAGAGGCUGAAGUCCUGUAUGAGAGAAAUGGAGAGUAUGGGUCAGCAGGCGAAGACCAUCCGCACACAAGUGAAAAGAAACACAGUUCGAGAUAAACUCAAGCUAGUGUUGAAUUUCCUUCAGAGGCUUCGAUUCUUAGCAGACGAGCCCCAGCACAGCAUCCCUGAUGUGUUCAUAUGGAUGAUUAGCAACAACAAACGCAUCGCAUACGCCCGCAUACCCUCCAAAGACAUCCUCUACUCAAUUGUCGAUGAAGAGAUGGGCAAAGACUGUGGAAAAGUUAAAGCUGUUUUUCUCAGGCUGCCUGGAAAGAAAGGUUUUGGGCCUGCUGGCUGGACAGUUCAGGCUAAAUUAGAGAUGUAUUUGUGGCUGGGCCUGAAUAAACAGAGGAAAGACUUCCUGAUUGGCCUCCCUAGUGGCUUUGAAGAAAACAAGGCAGUAAAGGGAAUUGGCAUACAAGCUGUCCCUCCCAUCAGCCUAGUUUAUAACAUGAAGCAGGUGUUUCAGCUGAGGGCCCACAUGUAUCAAGCUCGCAGUCUGUUUGCUGCGGACACUAGUGGCCUGUCUGAUCCAUUUGCAAGGGUUUUCUUCUCCACCCACAGCCAGGUCACGGAGGUCCUCAGUGAGACUCUCUGUCCAACAUGGGAUCAGCUGCUUGUGUUUGAUAAUGUUGAACUUUACGGUGAGGCCGGUGAACUCCGUGAUGACCCUCCAAUCAUUGUCAUUGAGUUGUAUGAUCAAGACACUGUGGGGAAAGCUGAGUUUAUUGGCCGAACAUUUGCAAAACCACUUACUAAGAUGGUUGAUGAACACUACGGCCCACCGCGGUUUCCUCCCCAGCUCGAGUAUUAUCAGAUCUACCGAGGAAACUGUGCUGCGGGAGAUCUAUUGGCUGCUUUUGAGCUUCUACAGAUUCCUUAUGACGAUGAGGAGAUCAGAAGAGCUCUUAUUGCUGUCCAUGACUUUGCUGUGCCUCAGAUCAAGAUUGGUCCAGCAGGGCGGGCAGCACUUCCUCCAAUCGAUGGACCGACCGAUUCUGACCGUGGGCCCAUUCUGCCUGUUCCAUUGGGAAUUCGACCAGUUCUCAGCAGAUAUCGCAUCGAGGUCCUGUUUUGGGGUCUGAGGGACCUUAAAAGGGUCAACCUGGCUCAGGUGGACCGACCUCGUGUGGACAUUGAGUGUGCAGGGAAAGGAGUUCAGUCAGCCCUAAUUCAAAACUACAAGAAGAAUCCAAACUUCAGCACAUUAGUAAAGUGGUUUGAAGUGGAUCUGCCAGAAAAUGAGCUGCUCCAUCCACCACUUAAUAUUCGGGUAGUGGAUUGCAGGGCAUUCGGACGCUACAUUUUGGUGGGGUCUCAUGCUGUGACCACCCUUCGCAAGUUCAUCUACAGCCCCCCAGACAAGACUGCUAACAACUGGGCUCACACAGCUAGACUGGCCAAUGGCUACCUGGCUCUCAGCAAUGGGACGUCUCAUUCCCGCCCCCAAUCCCGUCCUGUUUCUUAUCCCUCAGGUGACAUUGUGGUCAACAUGAGCCCUGAACCUAACAUUAAGAAGAUGGACACGGUUGUCAAGAUUGAAGCUACCACCGAUGCGGUUGUUAAAGUUGACUUGAAUGAGGAUGAGAAGGAGAAAGAAAAGAAGAAGAAGAAGAAGAAGAAAGGAGAAGAAGUGGAGGAAGAGGAGCCGGAUGAGAGCAUGCUGGACUGGUGGUCCAAAUACUUUGCCUCAAUAGAGACUAUGAUGGAGAAUCUAAGAGCUCAGGAGGCCGCUCAGGCAGAGGCAGAGGAAAGAGAAGAUUUGGAGAUUGCAGCAGAGAGUGCAGAGAUCAAAGCUGAUGACUUUCCUAUGAAAGGCACCAAACCUAAAGAGAAGAGCAAAGACAAGAAGAGCACCAAGGACAAAAAGAAGAACAACGAUGGCACAGAAAAACGACCUCCAAAACCAAAAGUUGAUGAACUCAUGGUGUACAAUAAAGAGCUGGAGAGUGAGUUCGGUAGCUUUGAGGACUGGCUUCACACCUUCAACCUGUACCGAGGAAAGGCUGGAGAUGAUGAUGACCACAAUGUGGUUGAUGAGGACAGAAUUGUGGGCAGAUUCAAGGGCUCCCUCUGUAUGUAUAAACUACCACUGUCUGAGGAGAUCACCAGAGAGGCAGGAUUUGAUCCAAACAUGGGCAUGUUCCAGAGUAUUCCUCACAAUGACCCUAUCAACGUUCUUGUCAGGAUUUAUAUCAUUCGAGCCACAGACCUGCAUCCUGCAGAUAUAAAUGGAAAGGCCGACCCUUAUAUAGUCAUUAAAUUGGGAAAGUCAGACAUUCGAGACAAGGAGAACUACAUAUCCAAGCAGCUGAAUCCUGUCUUUGGAAAGUCAUUUGAUAUAGAGGCCACGUUCCCAAUGGAGUCUAUGCUGACUGUGGCAGUGUAUGACUGGGAUUUAGUCGGAACUGAUGACCUGAUUGGUGAGACUAAGAUUGAUUUGGAGAACAGAUACUACAGCAAACACAGAGCCACAUGUGGCAUUGCUUCCAACUACUCUGUCCAUGGUUAUAAUGUAUGGAGAGAUCCUCAGAAACCAGCUCAGAUCCUGGCUAAGUUGUGCAAAGAAGGUAAACUGGAUGGACCUCACUAUGGACCUGGGGGAAGAGUCAAAGUUGCAAACCGGAUCUUUCUUGGGCCGACAGAAAUUGAGGAUGAGAGUGGUCUGAAAAAACAAACAGAAGAACACUUGGCGCUCACAGUCCUUAGACAUUGGGAGGAAAUCCCACGUGUUGGUUGCAAACUCAUCCCUGAGCAUGUGGAGACGAGGCCUCUCCUCAACCCAGACAAGCCAGGCAUAGAGCAGGGAAGGAUUGAAAUGUGGGUGGACAUGUUUCCUAUGGAUGUCCCAGCACCAGGACCAGCCAUUGAUAUAUCGCCACGCAAACCAAAGAGAUAUGAGCUCAGGGUGAUAAUAUGGAAUACUGACGAGGUAAUUCUGGAAGACGAUGAUUACUUCACAGGGGAAAAGUCCAGUGACAUUUUUGUGAGGGGCUGGCUUAAAGGACAGCAGGAGGACAAACAGGACACCGAUGUACAUUAUCACUCUCUAACUGGAGAGGGAAACUUCAACUGGCGCUUUGUCUUCCCCUUUGACUAUCUCAUGGCCGAGGAGAAGAUUGUUAUCUCCAAGAAGGAAUCAAUGUUUUCCUGGGAUGAGACUGAGUAUAAGAUCCCUGCUCGACUCACCCUUCAAGUAUGGGAUGCCGAUCACUUUUCUGCAGAUGAUUUUCUGGGUGCGAUUGAGUUGGACUUGAAUAAGUUUCCGCGUGGGGCAAAAACAGCCAAGCAGUGCUCUCUAGACAUGGUUCUCAAAGAGCAUGAGCUGCCAACCAUCUCCAUCUUCAAACAAAAGAGAGUCAAGGGCUGGUGGCCAUUUGUGGCCCAAAAUGAGAAUGAUGAAUUUGAGCUAACGGGAAAAGUAGAGGCAGAGCUCCAUCUGUUGACAGCAGAGGAGGCAGAGAAGAGUCCAGUCGGCCUGGGGAGGAAUGAUCCGGAGCCACUUGAGAAACCAAACCGGCCCGACACCACCUUCCUGUGGUUUCUGAGCCCACUGAAGGCCAUCCGCUACCUGAUAUGCAACCGCUACAAGUGGCUCAUCAUCAAGAUUGUGUUGGCUCUGCUGCUGCUGAUCAUGGUGGGCCUGUUUCUCUACAGCAUGCCAGGCUAUCUGGUCAAGAAGCUGCUCGGGGCCUAAAGAGAGAUCUGAAACGUUAGUUUGAGAGAUUCUGAUUUCUCAAGCGGCCCAUUUCUUAUUUUUGGUUAGAAUUUAAAGCACUUCUUUAACUUUUAGAAUUUAGCGUACCUCAUGUUAAGCGCAACGUAUCAAAUAUCUGGACUUUUUAGGUAUCGGUUUGCAUGUAUUACCCAGAAAGAUCAAUUAUCUUGUUUGUCUUUGUAUAUUUAAAGAAUAACAACUCAUAGGGAGAAAAGUAAAGCAGCAAAGUGUCUAUUUUUGGUACGAAAUUGAAUAAGCUGGUUGAGCAUUUUCACGAUUUAUUCAUAUGAAUGCAUUCAGAUUCAAUAUUUUGUCGUUUUGGUCUAGAUGUGUUUGUGUUGCUGCUAAAAGCACAAUAAGCAUGCAAAUUUGUCUUAAGAAAGAUGACUUGUUCAUCAGUAGCUGCAGUCUGAAAAAAAAAUCAUGAUAGGGUUGCAGGCCUCGUAUAGAGUAUGUAAUUUGAUUACAUUUUGCCUUGAUGUUUGCACUUUCAGUCCCUGACACAAAUCUUCUGUACUCCAUAAUGUUUAUCCUUUAUAGAAACACACAGACACAAGUAGAGGAAUGAUGUCUCAUUUGACAUUUUCAAUUUAAACAAUACGAGAAUGCUCUUUCUUAUACUCCAUGCUGUGGAUUGUGCUUGCGGUGUACACUAGUUUGCUUGCCGUUUACUAUUGGUCUAUUUAAUGAAUGGUAAACUAACCAUGGAUAUGUUUGCACUGAUUUUGGCUUGUUUAUAUAAAAGAGUGUAUUUUUAAUUCUUGUUUACAAGUGUGCAAUAUGGAUUGAUUUAUUUAUUUUUGUCAGUAUGAUGACAUAAUAAAAUGAACUCAUUGAAGUAAAAG